AAUCAUAAACCUAAUUAAUCCAAUGAUAAUUGGAUUACGAAUUACAUAAUCCCUAAGCUUCAGACCGUUCCUUAAUUAAUUAGAUACUUAGCUUAAACUUUUGAAACAUAUAAAUAAGCUCAUUUAGACACAUUUCUAGUUGCCCCCCGUGGUUCUAAUUUGAUUUCCUUCAUCUAUUAUGGCUCAGGUGUGUCCUCAAGCUCCCCAAGUUCUCUCUAUCUGUCCCUACACUAAUAGUUCAUCAAAGAGAGAACCUUAUACCAUUUGGAUGAAAUCACUUGUAUGCCAUACAAAUGGUUGCACGGUCUACAAUUCCAACGGCAACAUUGUUUAUCGAGUUGACAACUACGACAAAAAGUGUAGCAAUGAAGUUCAUCUCAUGGAUCUCCAAGGCAAAGUUCUCUAUACCAUACUUAAAAAGAAGUUACAAGCUUUUGAACGAUGGGAUGGCUAUAGAACGAGUAGCUCUUCCAAGGAAAGCAAGGAGAAGCCUUGGUUUCAAGUGAAAAGUUAUAGUAGAAUGCUAAUGGGAAGCAUAGCUUGUCAAAUUACAGUGGAGUGUGACAAGUAUUGGAUAAUGAAAUUGGCAGGGAAGAGUGGUGCUGUGGGAUUUAGAAUAGUAGACAUUGAUGGAGAUAUUGUUGCAGAGGCAAAGCAGAAGCUAUCAUCUUCUGGAGUAGUUCUGGGGGAUGAUGUCUUAACUUUAGAGGUGGUUCCUCAUAUGGACCAUUCCCUUAUAAUGGCUAUUGUGAUUGUGUACGGAUUGAUUUGUCGCAAAAUGUAAGUGUGAUCACAUUAUAAUUAUAUAUAGCGUGGCUAUUUCCAAAGCAGGUAAAAGUGCGGCUUCUCAUAAAUUACUGUUGUGCUUUCAUUUCAGCUAGAGAUUGUGGUUCUUUGUAACUAACUCAUAAAUCAACUUGGCCCUUUUACUUCUA